AUGGCUUACAUUAACGCAGUGACCCUGUCUAUGCAGCCCGUGGGGUUCCCAAGGGUAUUCAAAGCCAGAUGCCGCGGGAAGUGGUUGGUCAUUCAAAGCCGCAAGAUCGGAGAUCUCUUCUUCAACAGAACAUGGGCGGAGUAUACCAAAGGAUUCGGAAACCCAGUCCUCGGGGACUACUGGAUUGGAAAUGACAUCAUUUCUUACGUCACCAAUAGCGGAAACUACAGACUUAAGGUUGAACUGACAACUUGGGAUGGCACACAACAUGUGUUUAAGUACACUUCGUUUCGCGUCGGUUCCCCUUCGGAUGGAUAUCGUCUUUUCUUGCAAGAUUUUAAAGGGUUCUGGGGCGUAACUAACUUCACCUCAAACGACUCGAGUUGCCCAUCUGCAGACACGUGUUCCAGCGGGCAGACGUUCUCUACCUGCGACUAUGGCGGCGAGUCGCACUGCGCAUGCGCCAAUGGUGGAGGAUGGUGGUACGGCCCCAACUGCACGGAGCUGGGUCUGAACUCCUGGUAUCCGGGCACUGGGCACUGUGAUGUGAACUCAGGGCAGUAUGAGUGCUGUAUGAAGUACGCUGGGAUGGAAGGAGAGAACUGUGGACUUAAUUGUGUGUUAGAGAAAGUAGAGAUGAUGAUUGCUAAAUAA